AAAAGAAGGAAAAAAAAAGAUGGGGUCGAUGAGCCACGACCUCCCACUUCCUCGUCGGAAAAACAGACCAAAAAACGUGCAUGUUUGCGUAAGAAGUGCUGCCGUGGUCACGUGACUGAACUCUCCGCACUCGCAGCGACACUCUCCAGUUCCUCUCCCCACCGGCUCGACGCCUCUCUCCAUGGAGCUCACCGGCCGCUGCUCGCCGUCACCGACGGCCCGCCGAGCCGCCGCCGUCGCGGUGCUGCUGUCGGCGGCGGCUCUGUCCGCUGUGUCCGCGGCAGGAGCGUCGUUCCGCCGCCAGCAGCCGUGCUACGUGCGCGCACCGAGGGGACGCGACUUCGGCCUGAGGACCGCUCCUCGUCCCCAUGAGUACCUGAACAUCUCUGAAUUGCCCAAGUCGUGGGACUGGAGGAACAUCGAUGGCGUGAACUACGCCAGCACGACCCGCAACCAGCACAUCCCCCAGUACUGUGGCUCCUGCUGGGCCCAUGGCAGCACCAGUGCCAUGGCAGAUCGCAUCAACAUUCAACGGAAGGGAGCGUGGCCGUCUGCCUACCUCUCUGUGCAGCACGUGAUCGACUGCGGCAAUGCUGGCACUUGCCACGGAGGGGAUCACACCGGGGUCUGGGAGUACGCUAACAAGCACGGGAUCCCACACGAGACCUGCAAUAACUACCAGGCUAAAGACCAGAAUUGCAAGCCAUUCAACCAGUGUGGAACCUGCACCACCUUCGGAGUGUGCAACAUUGUGAAGAACUUCACCCUGUGGAGAGUGGGAGACUUCGGAGCUGUCAGUGGGAGGGAGAAGAUGAUGGCUGAGAUCUACGCUAAAGGACCCAUCAGCUGUGGGAUCAUGGCCACAGAGAAGCUGGACGCGUACACUGGAGGUCUCUACUCUGAAUACCAUGAAGAGGCUUACAUCAACCACAUUGUGUCGGUGGCAGGAUGGGGAGUGGAGGACGACGUUGAAUACUGGAUUGUGCGCAACUCCUGGGGAGAUCCGUGGGGCGAGAGUGGCUGGCUCAGGAUCGUGACCAGUGCCUACAAGGGAGGAAGCGGUAGCUCGUACAACCUGGCGGUGGAGGAAGACUGUAUGUACGGAGACCCAAUAGUCCCGAAGGACGACCUCUAGAGGAGACCGGCGCCCAGUGUCAGAGGUCGUCACUGCACAAGCUCAUAAGGUCUUCCUGUCUCAGGCAGAGGGGAACACUUUAUAUAUGAAAGCUUGAAAAGGGAAAUUAGGAUUUCUACACUUGUAAUUAGGGUGUCAGAUUUCAGUGGCAGGAGACCUGCUCGAAUCAAUAUCAAUUAGUUUUUAAUCGCAGACGAGGUGUGAAGGCUUUUAUAACAGUUUUGAAACUUUAAAUUUAGGGAGGAGCUACAACUCAUAUCUGUGCUCAUCAGCCAUUAUUAAAAUCAAUAAAUUCAGUUUACAUUAUCUAAAGGACAUGAACACAGCAGGUUUUCAGUUUUUACUUGAAUGCAAACGGACUCAGCCAAAGAACAACUGGUGUUUGUGCUGCACUGCUCCGACACUGAAUGUUGUCAGCGCCUGGUGUUACUGUACUUACCAGAUUGCACCACAACCCGAUGCAGGAUUUGAAAGAGUGCCUUUUUGAUUUCAAAUAAAGAUUUAUGUAAUUUUUUUCACGCUGAACAAUCUACACAUCAGAAAUUUUUAAAUGAGCUGAUAAGUUGUUUCAAACUAUGCCAAUAAACACUAAAAAGGAAUGCUCCACACAAAA